GUGCAGCUAUUUGUCUACUGAGAGGAUCUGUCUGUCUUUGGGUUGGCGUUUCAGAAGUGCCAGAGGCGUAGGCUCAGAGUGCCGCGGUGGCGUGCUGGUCUGCAAUCCAGCACCCAGAGUCCCCCGUGUGAUGGCCGGGAGAGCUGGAGGCGGCCGCUGAAGUCCUGCUGCCUCAUCAGUGCUUGGGAGCGUGGCUCGGACGAGGACAGACACCCAGAGCGGUUAUUCCAGCAGGGAGCACACAGAUCUCAUGACGUUAUAACUGUAGCAGAAGAGAUGGUGUUUCAUGGAGAGAUUCCUCAAUGCCCCAUGUUGUCUGUGAGCACUAGCAUCACAGCUCUCUGCAGUGCCAUCUAAGACCAUACAAGCUGGACGCAGCAAUGGGGGACUCUCCAACAAAUGCCAUGGAUGGAGGCAUAGACACGUGCUGCAAAGACACGCAAACUGAACUGGCAGAGCGGGUGGCAGCCAUAGAUGUGGCUGUUGGCCCAGACAGAAGCAACCAAAAUGGUGAAGACAACACUGAAGAAAAUGACACAGUCUUUUCUGAUAACAUAAAAGACAUCCAAAGAAACGGAGUCAACAGUGACAUGAAUGUAUUUCUGCCUUCCCAGCGGUCAGAAGAUGCUCACUGGAGGCAUGUUCCCAAGAGACCUCUCACUAGACCCAUCCUAUCAAGUAGGAAGUUGUCUCUUCAGGAAAGAUCAUCAGGAGGUUAUUUGGCAUCUAGCAAUGCUCCAGGUUAUGGUCCUUAUGCCACAGGGCCAUCACCACGUAUAAUGAGGAGACCAACAAUAGAGUCCAAUCGGGUCUCCAUAUCAGAUUCUGAGGACUGUGUGCAAUUAAACCAGUACAAGCUGCAGAGCGAAAUAGGCAAGGGUUCCUAUGGUGUUGUGAAACUAGCCUACAACGAGAAUGAUGACAAGUAUUACGCUAUGAAAGUCCUCUCCAAAAAGAAGCUCUUGAAGCAGUAUGGAUUUCCACGUCGGCCUCCUCCCAGAGGGUCAAAAGCAUCCUCUGGAGAGCAGCCAAAACCCAUGGCACCACUGGACAGAAUCUAUCAGGAAAUAGCCAUCUUAAAGAAGCUGGACCAUGUCAACAUUGUGAAGCUGAUAGAGGUCCUUGAUGAUCCUGCAGAGGACAACUUGUACAUGGUGUUUGACCUCCUGAGGAAAGGGCCUGUCAUGGAGGUACCGAGUGACCAGCCCUUCAGCGAGGAGCAGGCUCGACUCUACUUCAGAGACAUCGUCUUGGGCAUUGAGUACUUGCACUACCAGAAGAUCAUUCACCGGGACAUCAAGCCUUCCAACUUGCUCUUAGGAGAUGAUGGACACGUCAAAAUUGCUGAUUUUGGAGUCAGUAAUCAAUUUGAAGGGAACGACGCCCAGCUUUCCAGCACAGCAGGGACACCAGCCUUCAUGGCUCCAGAGGCCAUUUCAGACACUGGCAAAAGUUUCAGUGGAAAGGCACUUGAUGUAUGGGCCAUGGGAAUUACCCUGUACUGCUUUGUUUAUGGGAAGUGCCCUUUUAUAGAUGAAUAUAUUCUGGGUCUUCAUAACAGGAUCAAGAACAAGCCUGUAGAGUUCCCAGAAGAAGCACAGAUAAGUGAAGAACUCAAGGAACUUAUCCUACGCAUGCUCGAUAAAAACCCAGAAAGAAGGAUAACAGUCCCUGAAAUUAAGGUGCAUCCGUGGCUAACCAAGGGUGGCGAGGAGCCCCUGCCGCUGGAGGAGGAGCAUUGCACAGUGGUGGAGGUGACCGAGGAGGAGGUGAAGAACUCAGUGAAGACGAUUCCGAGUUUGCCAGCUGUGAUCCUAGUGAAGGCCAUGCUAAGAAAACGUUCCUUUGGAAAUCCAUUCGAGGCUCAGACGAGGCGGGAGGAGAGGUCCAUGUCUGCACCAGGGAACUUACUGAUGGACAGACUCCUCUUAAAUACAUCUGCAUGUUUGCAUCCAUCUUUAAGAAAACAAGGGAGCAGAGAAGGAGGCCGGGAUCCGGAGCUGCCCGACGUGUGUGAAGACGAAGCCACGUCCUGAAGCCACCUGGCUGCCGCAGGCUGGUCGCUCACGUGCUGCUGCUGUUGUGCCCAUCGUGGUGUUGUCUAGCGCACAUCUGCCCUCAUCACCAAGUCCAGGGCCUGCAAAGUGAGAAAAACAAAACCAAACCAAACCCAAAAACCCCAAAACGGACCAACUCAGAAAACCAGAAAAGAGGAACAGAGCAGCAAUAAGGAGAAGAGUGAGUCCUCGGGCAGCACGGCUGGCAGAGGGCUGGCUCAGCCUCGUGGACGGCUGCGUUCCUCGUGCAAGGUGUCCGUGUGCUCCUCCAUGUGUGCCUUGCUCUCCACUUGUGCUUCACGUGUGGGCUUUGUAGUUGGGUGUCUUGGCCGAUGAAUGUGGUUUUAUUUGUAACGCAGCAAACCAAACAUUGUCUCAGGGGUUAUUUGCCCCAGAGGCUUUUUUCCUUGCUUUUUUGCAUUCUCUAUUUGAAGCAUCAGGAAAAAAAAAAAAUUACAUCAGAGCCAGGUUUUGUAUCAGAGUGCAACUGUUUUAUCUAAUGAACAGGGAAAGCACUUCUGUAUAUCAGGACACAGUCCUGCUUCUGUUGGAGCUGAUGGCAAAAUUUCUGUGAAUAUCAGUGAAGUGAGGAUGAGGUCUUGCUUUUGGAGUGAACGCUGUCACUCUACGCCUUUCGCUCUUUUUUUCCUUCUCCUCUUAUCCCUCAGUUUUGCACAGUGUAAAUCCUGCCAGCAUCGAUGGCUUUAGUCAGGGCAGUGUCGUAGAAUAGAAGAACCACACGAUGUUCCCUGUAACAUGCCAUGAGCCUUUGAACGUCGUCAAGAUCUGGGAUACGCUGUGACACGGAAAGGCCCAGUGCACCGAAGCCAUCUGCUAAGGAGUGUGCUCUUCCCAAAGAGCCUGACUGCACCCCACAAGCUGCACCCCUCCUGUGCACACAGGCGUUGUUCUCAGAGCUGAAAAGCAGGCAGGUUUGGGAUUUAUUUUAUUUAAGGAUAACUUCCUUUCCCUCACUCAUCUCUUAGCUCCUUUAAUAUUAUGUACCUGAUGCUAUUAAACUCUAAUUUCCUGAUAAAUGACCCAAACUGGGAGAGCUCCCUAGGAUGGAAAACAUUGGUGGAGGAUUUUUAGACUAAGAAAAGCUACAGAACACAAAUGAGAUCAAAACUUGAUCUUUUGUUUUUUAAGGCUUUAAUUUUUAAUUUUAUUUUAAGACUGUAAUUUUUAUGCACGUGCUGAUGCUGCUAUUUUAUCCAUAGAUUGCUUCUAAAUUUGAGAUUAGAAGCUUCAUCUCUACGGUUUGACAACAGGUGAGAGAUUGCACUUAAAAGGGCAAAUGCAGCUAUUUCAGUGGCUGUUGACUAUACAGACUGUGUGUAUAAUCAGGAAUUUCACUCUUGCACUCAAAGAGUAAAAACCAGUGAUAUCAGUCCAUCAAAAUACAUGUCAAUAUUUCCCCUUGAGCUUUACGGGGUCUGAAUAUGCCCCUGGAAAGCCAAUGGGAUUGGGUUCUUAUUUUAUAGUACUUAAAUAAAGGACACGAUUAAAUUUGGUUCCUA